UUAUCCAUUGGGAACUGGAGGAUUUUUGUGGAUGAUAUUUGUGUAUUGAUUUUCCACAAUGACUUGCAAAGUCUUCCAUGAUCCCUUAGCUCACGUCUAUCUAUACAAACAACUAUUACUUCAUGUAGUUUGUUCAUCAUAUUUCUUCACAUUCUUCUAAAAAGUUGAGGUUGAAUCAUGGGAAAUCAGUGGGUUUGGGGGCUUCAUCUCGUUUUCUUAAGUAUGUUUUUGGUUGCAACCAAAUAUACUUCUUGUCUGGGGGCUCAAAAUUCAACAAGAAGCUGCCAUGAACGAGAGAGACUAGCACUACUCCAGUUCAAAGACAGCGUCAAAGAUGACUUUAAAAUGCUAUCAUCAUGGGUUGGCAUUGAUUGUUGCUCAUGGAAAGGAGUCCGCUGUGAUGGUGCCACCGGAAGAGUUUUCAGUCUUCAUCUCAGAGGAACUUUGGGCGACUAUGAUUACAACGAAGACUUCUUCUUAGGUUACUACUUAAAAGGUGAUAAGGUGAACGCAUGUUUGGCUGAGUUAAGACAUCUGCAACAUCUGGAUUUGAGCGGAAAUUAUUUUAAAGAAAGUCCGAUUCCGGAAUUCAUUGGAUCCUUCAAGCAGCUAAGUUACCUCAAUCUCUCAAAUGCAGGUUUUAGUGGUAUUAUUCCCCAUCACAUUGGAAAUCUCUCCAAUUUGAAGGUUCUGGAUCUUGGUUCAAAUGAUAUUCUCACGUCAAAUGAUAUGGCAUGGGUUUCUGGCCUUUCCUCACUUGAGCAUCUUCACUUGAGCAACGUAAAUCUUUCUCAAGCCAACAAUGCUGAUAUGACAUUUUACAUGAUUCCUUCAUUAACAUAUUUAAGUCUUCAAAACUGUAGACUUUCUAAUGCUGAUCUUGGACUUCAUCUUAAUUCAAGUAAUAUACUUCCCAACAUUGAACAUCUGGAUCUUAGCUCCAACUUCUUUGAAGGUCAACUCCCUCACUUUUUUCAGAACUUGACAUCCUUAACGUUCCUUGAUCUUUCAAGAUAUAAUCUUAGUCUGGCAUGGAACUCUGUAAACCUGCUAAACACGAUCCCUUCUUUAUCAGAAUUGCAUUUGUCAGAGUGUGGGCUUCACAAUGCCCCCUUUUCAGCCACUUAUUUGAAUUCCAGUGCCCAUUCUAACAUACAAUAUCUUGAUCUUAGCUGGAAUUCAAUUGGGGGUAGGUUUCCAUCUGAACUAAUGAACAUCACAUCCCUAAAAGUCCUUGACCUUUCAUCUAGCAGUUUGAACUCAUCAAUUCCUGUCAUGCCUAACCUUUUAAAGCUUGAUGUUUCUGGAAAUAAGUUUGAGCACAUCGAGCUUGUUGGGAUUUGGAGACAAUGUCAUCUGAAGGAAUUGAGUGUAUCUGUUAUUUUUUUUGGAGGAGAAUUGAUAGGCCCAUCAUCAAACACGUCUGAAUGUUCCCACUAUGCUUUAGAGGUGUUGGAAUCAAUCGGAAAUGGAUUCAACGGUUCAAUUCCAGAAUCAUUGGGAAGAUUAACAGGUUUAACUCAUUUAAAUCUGCAAUCAAACCUGUUAACAGGUCCAAUCCCAGUUACAGUUGGGCAACUCACCAAACUCGUUGACUUAGAUGUCUCUGAAAAUUCUUUAGAAGGAGUGGUUUUGGAAGCCCAUCUUGCUAACCUCUCAAUGUUGAAGAGCUUGGAUAUAUCUUCCCAUCAUAAGUUGAUUAUUAAUAUCUCAAAUGAUUGGAUUCCUCCAUUCCAACUGAGGCAUGUUCAACUUAGUUCUUGCAAGAUUGAAAAUGGAUUUCCAGAGUGGUUGCAAAAUCAAAGGAUGCUUGAGGAGUUGGUAUUGUCUAAUGCUAGCCUAUAUGGUCUUCCACCAACAUGGCUUCAGAAUAUGCCCGUGCUUUCUACAUUAGAUCUCUCUCACAACAAACUCAUUGGAUCUUUGAUAAACCUUCCAUUUAGCGAACAUACUUUGGUUUUAUCUCUAAAAGACAACCUUUUCAAUGGGUCAAUUCCAAGGUCAAUGUGUAGAACAAAAUGGUUGGUAAUUCUCGAUGUUUCCAGCAAUCGGUUAUCUGGAGUCCUCCCAAGUUCUUUAGGAAAGUUGAGAUACUUGCAAUGGUUAAAACUGAAUGACAAUAACUUCAGUGGCCAAAUACCACAAGACUUGGGAAAGUUGGGAAUCUUAGAAGUUUUGGAUUUGGGCAAUAACGAAUUCUCAGGAAACAUACCAAAAUGGAUUGGAGAAGAACUUUCAGAAUUGAGGAUUCUGAGGUUGCAUAAAAACAACUUCACAGGAGGUAUUCCUCAUUCUUUGUGCAAAUGUUCAUCUCUUCAUAUUUUAGACAUCGCACACAACAACUUAACAGGAUCCAUCCCUCAUUGUUUUGGAAAGUUGAGCGGGAUGGUUGAGGCAAGAGAUGCAUUUAAUUAUCAAGUGUAUUACAAGGAGGAGGAACAUCUGAUGGAUGUGAUUCAAGUCUUUAAAGGAAGCGAGCUUGAUUAUACAAAAACGAGAUAUAUAGUUGUUAACAUGGACCUUUCAAGCAAUAAACUUACAGGAGAAAUCCCUCCAGAGAUAACUGCACUUGCUAUGUUGAUGGGUCUCAAUUUGUCUCAUAAUCAUCUGAGUGGGAGUAUUCCAGAUAGCAUCGGAAACAUGAAGGCGUUAGCAUCUCUUGACUUCUCAGACAACCAACUAAGCGGGACGAUCCCUCCAAGCAUGGCUGCUUUGAACGAUUUGAGCUCUUUGAAUCUGUCAUACAACAAAUUGUCAGGAAGAAUUCCAACCGGAAAACAACUGCAGACACUUAUCGACCCAUCAAUAUAUGCUGGUAACAGGGAUCUCUGUGGUGCACCUCUGCAAAAUAAUUGUUCUAAUCCUGAAAACCCACCAGCCACAAGAAGCAAGAAGAAAUACAAAAAGGCUAAUGGGCUAAGGAAGGUAUGGUUUUACUUGGACAUAACGUGUGGAUUUGCAACAGGUUUUUGGGGUAUUAUUGGAGUUUUGGCAUUCAAGAAGGAAUGGAGAAGGAAGCUUUUUAUGAUUGCAGAGGUAACCAUGGAUAAGGUGUAUGUGGCGGUUGCAGUGAAGAUUUCCAAGAUUAAAAGAGGCAGAGAAGCCUAAUAGAUUCUUAUAAUAGACAAUAUUUGUAAAAUUGUUGUUUUGAUUUAAAAUACUCUGUUGUGUAAUAUAUUUAGACCAUGGGUGUGUUUAAUACAAAUAAAAAAAUAUUACAA